AGAAGCCAUUCACAAAAAGAGGUGUCCUAUCUACAGUCAACAGUCUUUACGACCCCCUGGGGUUCGUAGCACCCAUCAUCAUGCAAGGUAAAGCUCUUUUGAGACAGAUCACUACUGAGCAAGAACAAAGUGACUGGGACGUACCACUACCUGAAGAGAAGGAAAUGCAGUGGAAGUUGUGGAAAGACUCAUUGUUAGAGCUUGAACAACUCAACAUCCCUAGACCAUACGUAUCUGUUUCCUUGUCUGCUACAAAGAGAAGAGAAAUAUGCAUAUUCUCUGACGCCUCCACUAUGGCUAUCGCAUCUGUCGCCUACCUUAGGGUAAUAGACACUGAGGGACAAAGCCAUGUCGGGUUCCUCAUGGGAAAAUCUAAGCUGGCUCCCAGACCGGCUCACACUGUCCCACGUCUAGAACUUUGUGCUGCUGUCUUAGCUGUAGAGAUUGCAGACAUGAUUACAACAGAACUGGACAUCGAGAUCCAUGCAGUGAACUUUUAUACAGACAGCAAGAUUGUGUUAGGAUAUAUUCACAAUGCUUCAAGAAGAUUUUAUACAUACGUGGCCAACAGAGUGACACGUAUCAGAAAGUCUACAAGUCCAGAACAGUGGCAUCACAUCAGCACAGACAAGAACCCAGCUGAUCAUGGGACAAGACUAGUGCCAGCUGCUGCGCUCAAGCAAACUAACUGGUUUGUAGGUCCAUCCUUUCUUCGUAAACCAGAAACCAAAGAAACUACUCAGGUAGAGGCCUUUCAGUUCAUAGAACCAGAUCAAGACAAAGAGGUAAGACCUCAAGUGGCAGUUUGUAGGACUUUAGUUACAAGAGACAGUCUGGGCGCUCAUAGAUUUGAAAGGUUUUCCAGCUGGAAGUCGCUGACCCGUGCAAUCGGAAAACUUAUCUGUCUAGCCAGAUCCUCCUGCAGAGCUACCAAUACUGAUCAGCGUAGCAACGACCACCUUGAACAAGCCAAGCUCACGAUCAUCAGAUGCGUCCAACAGGAAGUCUUCAAAGAAGAAAUCCAAGGCCUUCUGAAAAAGGAAGAGAUUUCUCGACACAAUUCGCUCAAGGACUUGUACACCAAGAAAAGGAAACAAGUUCAAAGUCUUGCGGACAUUUUCUGGAAGAGGUGGAGACAGGACUACCUUGUAAUAUUCCAACCACGCAAGAAAUGGCAAGAUGACAAGCCCAAUUUACAAGUUGGAGACGUUGUUUUACUGAAAGACUCUCAGGCCCACAGGAAUAAGGUGGCCUAUUGGACUCAUUGUGGGGACUGAUCCUAGUAGUGAUGCUAGAGUCGGAAAGGUUGAAGUUAGGAUUGUUAGACAGGGCAUUCCCAAAGUGUAUGCAAGGCCAAUUUCUGAAGUAGUUUUACUCCUGUCCAAGGGUUAGUGGCAUGACAAAAAAGUAUGCCAGGUGGGGAGUGUGCUGCCUUCGCAAUGUAUUUUACAUGCUUGGCACUCAGCAGGGUCUGUUCCUUUAAGACCCUCCAUUUUCUUGAAGCCUAGAGGCGGGCCUUCUCUCUAAAACAUAGGGCUAGCUCCGGCAUGUCUCAUUCAUUCCAGCUCCAGCCACCACAGUGACCAGAUCCACAGGACUUCUUAAAGCUAAUACAGACUGCAAAUCUGAUAAAUACCAAAGCCUUUUUACCGCGUGUGUUCAUUAUAUCUCAGUAAAGAUUACAUCAGUUAAGCAAACCAGCGUGUCUUUCCUUGAGAUUCGGUAUAAACUUGAUGUGAAGCUGUGUCCACGAGACAGCGGAGACAUUAU